UUAAGUGAUAUUAGGUUAAUAAAAAAUUUCUAAGAAAAUUUUGUUUCAAUCAUGUUGAAAUAGUAAUCUCGUUAAAUAAUAUCAAUGAUUUCAUGAACUGCUUUAUAAAUCACUGUUAUGAAACAUGCCUGAUUCAGCUACGUGUUGUGUUAACUACUGCUACAACACGAGAAGAGAUAAUAAUAAUUAACUUUACUUUAAGUUUCCGCUUGACGAAACUAGGUAUGUGUAAAUUAUUAAAACGAAACAAAAUAAAAGUUUUGUGUAGUUUAAAUAGUGAUGAGCAUUUUGUUUUCAUGCCCUACAGAAUUUCCUCUUUUUAGGUACCUAGUGUGUAGUCGCACAUUGAGGACAAGCACACAAUACAUAAAUACUUAGGUACUGUUCUAAAUGUCAAUGAGUCUCAAAUUCUGCUCAAACUUGCUGCUUAUGUACUUUAAUUAGUCUAAAUGUUUUGUAUGAAUUUUAUUUUUAGGUCGAGAGGGAGGUGUGGGUAAAAAUUUUGUAUUGCAUAUCCAAGUCUAUCCCUUGAUACUAAUAAAUGGCAUGAUCCUGAAUACAUUGAUCCUGUGGUAAUGAUGCUUGCUGUUUUAACAUUAAUUAAAACAGCAAGCAUCAUGUGCCACCGGAUAAAUCAUACAUGAUCAUGCCAACAGGAUCAAGGGAUAAACUUGGAUACGUGAUACGAAACAAUUACCGAGGUGAGGGUUGCGAAAAAAUGAAGUGUCUUAAAUUUUUAUGUUGAAAUUAAGGUUAUUUUUCCUUCUUAAUUUAUUGCUACACACGUGUCUUCAAGAAGUGAAGAUACUAUAAAGAUUUGUACUUUCACAAAAUCCAUAAAGAAUUAGAUGCCAUUGGUAACAGCUUCAUUUCAGUUUUUGUGGAAAAAUUGUACAUCAUAGGCAGUUAAAUUUGCCAGAAAUACACAUUGCCUGUGUUAAUGAUUAUAUACUACUGCACGUUUUUUUAUGCAUUUUGUUUGCGAUUUGUAAUGCAAUUCGGUAGGUACCUACGAAAAUCCUAACCUUAACUUCAAUCAGCGUGAUUAUACUAGAACAGAAAUUAUUUCUUGGACAUAAAAAAAGGCAGCAAUUUAUUAUAAUCCGAAAAUAUGUUACAUGUUGUGCAUUUUAACAAAUGUUAUGCUACGUAAAGAAAACAUUUUUAACCGAAAUGAGGUUAAGUCAAACACUGUCCCGAAGGUAAGAAAUUUACUUAUUGUUUUAAAAAUAUUGCUCUCCUAAAUCAUUAUAUGUUACGUUUACCGAUAUUUAGUUAAAUGAUUUGGUUAUAAGGGGAAAAAAAAAUAAAAUCAAUAUUUUUAUAAAUAUAAAUGCAUGCACGAAACAAGUCACAAGCUUGCCAACAUUCAGUUGAAGCUACAAAUUUCCCUACUAUUCAAAUUAGUGUUUUAAGCAUAUUAACUGCAAAUUGUACUUUCUAGGAUCAAUGUUGUAUUUAAAUUAAAAUUUACUUAUAAUUUGAAACGUAAGUCUUACUCCAGAAGGUACUUUAUCUCAGUUUUAAGCCAUUGCAACUUCGUUUUAAUGUUUGUCAAGUUUGCGUUUUUGUAUAGCAACUAGCGCAUUUCUGAAUAAAAAAACGUAGAACUGCAAUAGCAUUGAGUGUCCACUCUGUACUAGUACUUUAUUUACUCUAUGGCGCUGUGUGUGCGCGCAUCGUGCAACAAAUAAAUACCGGUACAAAUUUUAUUUUUACAACUUAUAAGGCAAGUUUUCAUUGCGUAACAGUGUCCGUUUUAAGAACAUUUUAUUCUGUUUUGGUGUUUAAUGUUUUCGUUUUAAGUGCUAGCCAGUGAGAAUGUAAACUUCUUCUGCUACUGCCGUCCAUGUGCCAACAAGGUAAAGCCCGUAUUCCACGAUGGAAGGUUCCGUACAUGCUCCUCUAAAGGUGGGUCUACACUAUAUAACAAAAACAAGUUAUAUUUGUAACAUGUUAUACAACAAGUUAUACAACUUGUUUCAUAACAUGUUACAUAACAAGUUAAAUAAUAAGUUAUAUAACAAGUAAUACAACUUGUUUCAUAACAUGUUACAUGUUUUUAAAUGUGUAUACCAGUGUGGACAAACGGCCAACAUGUUAUAUAACAAGUUAUUUAACUUCCUUUGAUCUUUACCGACACUGCAUGGGAAACAUAUAACUUGUUUUAUAACACUUAUUUUGUUAUAAAACAUGGUGUUAUAUAACAUUUUUCUUCACGUUUUCAUAACAAGUUAUAUAACUUUGUUGUAUAACUUGUAAUAUAAUUUUCAUUAUUUUCAUUUUGUAACAUGUUGUAUAACUUUGUAAUAUAACAUUUUAUAACUUGUUUUGUUAUACAGUGUAGACCCACCUUAAAAGCUUCCAACGAAACUGCUAGCCAAGCCUCCAGGGCAGCAGGUAUGGAUGUUUCCGUGGAAGAAACUAUUACACGUAGAAUCAAGGACGACUGGCCUAGCUUGGUAGCUUGUGUGGCAUGAGAUUGUAAACAAAUGGAAAUAUGUGUGAUCCUCGAAAGAAAUUACUUUUAAGUGCGGCAGCAGUAAUUAUUGCAAAAGAGGUAAACCAGCAGGAAGAAAGGCUCCGGAAACGUCGUACAGUAUGGACGAAAGAGUGGAUAAAAAGAAGAAGUGAAGGUCGCGGUGCAUUGACAUUGCUGCAAUUGGAGUUAAGGAGUGAAGACGAAAGGUCAUACAGCAAUUUUUUGAGAAUUGAUGCAGAUAUGUUUGAAGAUAUUGUCCAGAAGGUUUCGCCAAUGACUUAGCGCGAAGACAGUGUAAUGAGGCAAUGCAUCUCCCCGAGAGACAGGUAUGGUCUUUUAUGGAAGCAGUAACAAGUUAUAUACAAAAUUUAUUUUUAUAUCAGUGUGUAAAAAGCAACUUUAAAUUAAUGAAAAUGUCUCUUAUGUUCAGAGUGGCAGUGACAUUAAGAUAUCUGGCUUCGGGGAAUUCAUUCAUGGAUUUACAAUAUGCGACGAGAAUACCUCAGUGCACAUUGUCAAAAAUAGUUCCUGAGACAUUGAAUGCUAUUUGCACUGUGCUGAAAGAUGAGAUAAAGGUUCCAUCAACACCAUCGGAAUGGGAAGCUGUUUCAGAGCAGUUUCAUUUACAAUGGAAUUUUCCCUACUGUAUGGGUGCUCUAGAUGGCAAGCACAUAAACUUCAGGCCAUCCAGAUCGAGUGGUUCCUAUUACCACAACUACAAAGGGAACAACAGCAUCAUUCUCCUGGCGCUUGUAGAUGCCAACUAUAAAUUCCUGUGGGUAAACAUAGGUGUCAAUGGCCGUGUUAAUGAUGCAGGAGUAUUCAUGGACAGCAACCUAAAAAAAGCACUGGAAAGAAAUGAACUUGGCCUUCCAUUGGCCAAACCCCUACCUAGUGGAAGAAUAUCUGUUCCACAUGUAAUUGUGGCAGAUGAUGCUUUCGCACUUUCACCAAAUGUAAUGAAGCCUUUUCCACAAAGAGGCCUCUCAUAUGAACAGAGGGUGUACAAUUAUAGACUUAGCAGAGCUCGGAGGUGUGUAGAGAAUGCUUUUGGGAUUUUAGCAAACCGAUUGCUUGUUCUCAUGACCACAAUAAGACUUUGUCCACAAAAAGUUGACCUUAUUGUGAAUGCUUGUGUGCUGUUGCACAAUUACAUUCUUGAAAGGAAGCCCAACUCUGCUGUGGAAGAAGAAUUGGAUGCAAACAUGCAGGGGGCAUCAAUGAGAGGGUUACACUGCCAGCAGGGAGGGAACCGUGCACCAGAAAUGGCUUAUGCAAUAAGAAAUGAGUUUUUAUCAUAUUUUAAUGGAGUUGGCCAGGUGCCCUGGCAAGCAGAAGCAGUCCAUAGAGGAAACAUGUAAAUAAUUGCAGUUCUAAAAGUUCUUUCUGUAUGUUUAUGUAACUGUUCUGUUUAAUGAGUAGUGUUUCAAGGUUUAUUUUUGUUUUAUUUAUUUUCAUGUAGGGUCUAAUUAAGUUCUCCAUGUUAAAUUGAUUUAAUUUAGAUAAUUUGACUUUAUUAUUUACAGUGUAAGUAUACCAUUUUGGUUAGAUGGACAUUAGAUUGUAAUAUUUGUAUCUACACAGUGACUUGCAGCACGUUUGAUUCAUUAAAUUUAUAAGUAGUUAGGAAUUAUCUUAGUUAAAGAUUCUGCACGAUUGAAAUCUUGUACUUGAUUAAAUUUUUAAAUUGUACUAUUUAACAUCAUGUUGUGAAUGUUUUUCUUUCUGGAGAGCCAUAGCUAUAUAGUCAAGAAAAUUAUUUAGUUUUGUUUGUUAAGGUAGAAUUUGUAGCCUAUUUUAUUUUGAAGGCUGGUUGUUAACCUCACAAGCUGGAAUGGAGUUGUUAAUUCUUUCCUCUUUCCCACCGUUACAAAAGCUUGAAUUUAAUUUUUUCAAAUUUGUGUUUAUAAUAUAUAUAUUACUUAUUUGUUAGGGCUUGUUUCGCAGGACUUAUUGCUGCCUUUAUUCUGUGUGGAAACAAGAGUUACGACAGAGUAAAUACUAUUAUUAUUGUUUUAUUUAUGUAAUCUUCAGCAGACCUGCCAACUCUCAUGAUUUUGGUGUGAGGCUCACGAUUUUAAGGUCCAUCUCACGCCCUCACACCAAAAUAGUGUUUCCUCACGAUUUUUUGGGGCCCCAAGAUUUUGUUUGUAAAAGUUACAAAACAAGUUUUACGAAAGCUUACAGUAAGUUUCCAUGAAUACUCGAGUCACGUAAAGGAAGCAAUUUUGCGUUUUGUAGCGUGUGCCGUGCUGAUUUUUCUAUCUCGCAUAGUGGAAGAGGAGACAUUGUGAAACAUGUCGCUACAAAAAAACACAACUAACACGUGAAGUGUAUUGCUUCCAAUAAAAAAAUUAAUUUUGCUGUGAACAGUGAUAAUAGUGUUACACGAGCAGAAUGUUAUUUUACAUCUUUUUUAGUUGCGGCCCUGCAUGAUCACCACACGACAGCGCUAAAUUAUGUUCAACUAAAUAAAAUCUGCAACCUAUAAUUUGUUGAAAUAAAUUUUGAAGCAGAGACCAUGUAACAUAUGUACAGGUAUGUCACUUAAAUUUAAAGAUUCUCAUUUGCUGUUUUUUUAUAUCUAACCUGUAUUUAUGGGCCUGAAAAUUUUUAUCGAGGACCUCAUGAUUUUUUAAAUUUGAAUGUUGGCAGGUCUGCUUCAGAAAGUGUAUAAUGUUUAUUUUCUGUAUUUAAUAUGUCCAGCAACAGACUAGAAAUCCAGACUAUUUACAAACACACAUUUUUCCUAAUGCAACAAUAUAAAGAACAAACAGUUAAGAUAUUUGUUUUGAACACUAACCUGGAAUAUUGUAUGGUAAUUUUAUUGUUUUCAGCACAAACUUAUAUUUUUUGUGAUAUUUCUUUGGUUAACUUAUAUUUUUAAAUUUCAUUGUUUUUAUUUUGAUUUAAUUAUUUCUUACCUGGUUCUCUGCCGCGGGUUGUUGUCUGGAGGUCGAAGGGCUUAAGGGCUCCGCCUACUCGGACACACAUACGGUGUGCAGAGCUUCAGGAAAAGCAACGCGAUUUGAAAACUACUCAAGAUAUUCGAGUGGGGUCUGCUUACGAAAAGCAUUUUAGAGUUCGCUGAGGGCCGAAAAAUACUUUUGAUUUCGGAUUAAGUUUUUAAACUGUAGUUUUAGAAGAGUUAAAAUGGCUAAAACACAUUUUUUCAGAGUGAUUUUUAGGUGUAAAACAACCAGUACAGAUUCUUGAAAGCACUUAAGGGACUUGCAUUACGCCUUUAUCAUCAUUUCUCAGCCAUAUGUUACGGUCACCGCUCAAAUUUCACAGUUAUCCUGUGACGACGAGACAACUGUGCGCCAUUUCAGAGCCUUGCGCUUAGAGGCGACACCGCGCUAGAAGCACCAACGAUCGUCACGCUUAUCAUCCCGCCUCACCAACACACUUACACCCCUGACGAGGCGGGCCCCUUAACAUCUCUUCAGCCAAUCAGCAGCCGGUUCAGGUCAGGAGAUUAAUUAAAUUUUAAUUGUUAAGGAAGAGGAAGUAAUAAGGCGUUACCUUCGUAUGGCCUAACCAUUACGCCUCUAAGUAUUUAGUGCUAGUAAAAUGUAAAUUUAUUAGAAUCAGUGUUUUUCUUAUAUCACAGCAUAUUCACUGAACUUCAAGCAAUGUUUGUGAGUAUAAGAUAUGGUUGUAAUCAACAGAUCAGAUACGUAUUUUACUGAUACGUUUUGCAUUGCAAAGGACGCAGCUUUAAACAUUGUUAACGACAUUAUGCUAUGUUGAUAUCUGUUGAAAUCCUACUCAUUUAAAUCAAUGCUAUAAGUCUUUAUUAUUGGAAAUAACUAAAGUAACUGUGAUUGUUAACGAAAUUGUUGCAAAACAUUUCAUCUGGAAAUAGGAUUCGUAAACCAGAGGUCUAAGAUAAGUUUUUCAAAUCAGACCCUGAGUGAAAGCCGUUGCAUAAUCACAAUUAUUGAACCCUAACACGAACCAUUGACUUUUAUAACGGUUUGCUACAUCAACCAUAGUUGGAUAAAGAUUAUUUAAUAUAAUUUUGGAUGACAGACUUUUGUAUUUUUAUCUCUGUGCCUUCCUAAUAACAUGCUAUAGUUCCAGCUUGGUAUUCAGACACAUGUCACUAAUUUCGUAAUGGUAAGAUUAAUAAUUCACUUAAAUACCUAUCGAGAUUAAUUUCCUUGAUUUAAAAUAUUUUAUAUUUUAAAGGUUCAUUCGUAACUUAAUUGUGCAUUAUUACUGAAUUGUGUUUGAUGUGUUUUAUGUUAAGAAAUUGAUAUGGGUCAAUCUAAAUUAAAUCGAAAAUAUUUAUUUUUCUCUUGUUCCAACUCAAUGUGUUUAAUUUGUAGUUACAACUGUUGUUUGUGUCCCUUAUUCAACAAAAUAUUUAUUAUUAUUUUGGAAUGAGCAUAGGGUAUAGUGAAUCAGCAAAUAUUAUUUUAUUUUGUUUGAUAUUUAGCUUAAAUAAUAAAUUCAUACAUACCCAACCAAAUCAGACUAGUUCUGUAUAUAGAGUAUUGGUAAAUACUAUUGAUAAUAGUUUACUACGACUACCAGUAACUCUCCAAUAUCUUAAGUUACAGUUGUAAUAUAAUCUUGAAUGUCUAGAAAAAAAAUCCCUUAAAAAUGGCAUGAAACCUAUUGCUCAAUAUUUAUUAUAACUUGUAAAAUGUAUAACUUCAAUGAACUGCAGAGUUAAUAUGUUUUGUUUUAUCUGGUACAUUCAUUAAAUUGUGAAUUAUAUGCAUUUUUUAACAUAUAUGCCAUUUCAUAGAAGCCUUUAUUUCCAUGUACCGUAGUAAUCUCCAGAUAUCCAUUAUUUUCACCAUAUGUUUCUAGUUAAAAUAAAAAAAAUUUUAAUGUGUUCGUUUGUUUGAUAUUGUUAAAUAUUCAUUGGAUUAGUUGGUGUCCACUGGAUAUAGCAUUAUAGACAAAAUUGCUAUAGCUGUUAAGUGUUAUACAUGAAAAACAUAAAGAGGUUUUUCAAUAUUCACUCAGUAUUCAUUUAUGUUACUAUGUGUCCUUGCAUACUUGCAUGUGUUGUAUAAUUUAAAACUGAUGCUAAAAACUUAAGUUGCAGGUAGGCCUACUAAGAAAUUUUUUUUAUAUAAAUUUAAAAAAAAACACUGCUUUUUAUAUGUUGCGUGGUGCUUUCCAGAAAAUUUCUCAUUUUACCAAAUUCCUUCAAUUUUUCCUGAAUCUUCUCUGGUAACAUAGUCCCCAGAAUUUAUGUAGCAGUGGCUAUCACCCCUACAUGGAUAAACCUUGAAGUUCGUCAUUUUUAAACAACAGGAGUAAUUUUUAAUUGUAAUCUUAUCAUGGGCUUAAAGCCUCUGAAAUUAUGAAAUUUCUUCCUCUUUUUAUUAGCUGUGUAUUCUACCAUUAAUUAAUAACAGAAAUCCUACCAAAGAUAUUAGACAAACACAGCUGGAGACAUGAACUUCAUAUUGCUGGCAAUAGCAUUUACAGACAUUAAGGGAUUUCAGAAUGAGAUUUGCAUAAAACCACUUACAGUAUGUAUCGUAAAGUGGUGUUUUUGAGCAAAUUAUGCCAAGUAAUCCUACAUAGUACAGUAUGUGACAGUUUUUUAUAAUUACAGUAGAACCCUGUUAUAAUGAAUCUGAAGGGAGUCAUUUAUAUGUUCACUAUAGAGGGGAAACUUUAUAUCUGGGAAAACUUUUAUAUUGGCAAUACAUACUCAAAAGCAAAAUCUUAACUACACAUAGGCCUAAGCCAAGAAUAUAACGAAUGAAAAUACUCAAAGCAACAGUUUUAUGAGCAAAUGCAUAUAUUAUUUUUAAUGAACUACACAUGUACAAACUUUCUAUUACCUAAUGGUUCUUGGACAUCGGCGUAUUAUCCUUUUUUCAGGCAUUUAAUACUCUGUGACGUUGUCGCAGCUUGAGAAAGAAGAAUGUUCAGCUUGUUUAAUAUUGUACCUACUUAAUGUGGAUGUUGCAAUUCCCAGUUCAUUUGCUAUUAACACGUGCGGGACAGUGGGAUUGGAGUCUACCUUUUCAAUAAUGUCCAGUUUAUCUCGCACAGAUAAUGCCUUACGUUUUUUUCCGCGUUUUUACAUUUUUUUAUGUAGGUAUUUCUUAUUGAAGCACAUAUGCAGCUUAAUAACACGAAAUUCUUUUUACCGUCAAAAGUAAAUAAACGAAAAAUAACGAGUCUGGCGCAUCAAAGAUCACUAUGUAUCAUUUAGUAUCGCAGUUUCUAAAGCUGGAAUGAAAUUUUCUCACUUUCUAUGGAAAAAUUUAGUCCACAUAGUUCUAUCUAGUGGUAGUCUUACGAACCUUGAUCAAAAUGUCCGGAACGUGAACGAUAAAAAUGAGACGUAAAAAUAUUGAAUUUGCUGCUAUAAUGUACAUACGUAUUUGUGUGGUAGUAAUUUAUGUUUAAUUUUGUUAACAUAUUAAAUGUACACGCGUUCGCCUAUCUUUAACUAUGCAGGGAAAACUAUUUUUUAUUUUCACCUGAUCACCAUUUAUGGCUAUACGUAGCCUACCGAGGCCACUCGAAAACGACUUGUUUAUAAUAUGAACAGUGGACAAUCGAGUAGCGUAUUGCGGAGAUAAACUUCAUUGUGAUCCAGAAUAGACAUUUUGUGAAAAAACUUGUAAUUAUAUGAAAAUAUUUGAGAUAAAUGUGCAUUAUAUCGGCAAAAUUUGUUCGUGGUACACGGGAAAACGUAUCAACAUUGACAAAAGUUGUGCACUAUAACCAAUAAAUUAAUACAUAACCUCACAUCAUUUUGCCGGGACUGAGACGGAAAUUCACAAUAAACGGGAAUUCAUUAUAGGCGGGUUCACUAUAAACGGGUUCUACUGUAUGUAGAUCUGAGUCAGUGGUUCUGUUUGUAUGGUAACAUAUCAAACUAGUUAGGAUAUUUUUAAUCGGUUUAUUAUUUAUUUUAUUUUUAAAAAUCCACCUCUAGAUCCCCUUACAAGCAUUACGCUUGAGGAUAUGGGCUUAGUCUAGUUGACAAUGAUACAUACAGUAAACAUACAAUCAUAUUGAAAUACUACAUAAUUAUAAUUUACAGUCAUAAAUUAAAAUUACACAAAAAAGUUUCCUAAAUUUUAAAUUUCUAGUAUAUCUGUUUAACAAAACAAAAUACACAUGAAUACGAUAAUAUCAGAAGGCCUGUUUUAAUAAUUAUAAAAUUUCUUUCUCAGUUCUUUCUUAAAUUUAUAAUGAUUAUUUAAAAGUAGUAUGGGUUUAGGUUACUUAUUAAAGAGUGUAAUUCCUUUGUUUAAUUCCCUUUGCAUAUACUGUGGUUUUACGGCACUUAGGUUUAAGUUUAUAUUGAUUCCUUGGUUUCGUAAUGAUCAAUAACAUGGGUUUCUCUAAAGUGUUCCACAUUUUCUUUACCGAAUAACAAUAAACGAUAAACAUAUUCAGAGUAAUAAGAUAAAAUUUUUAGUUCACGAAAACAUUGUUAACAGGUGGAAUUUGGUUUCUUAUUACAAAUAAUUUGAAUAGCCUUUUUUUGCAAUCUGAAGAUUUUCACACUGAAACUACUAUUUCCCCACACUUCAAUCCCAUGUCAUAUUAGAGUGAAAUAAAGCAAAAUACACAGUACGUAAGGAUUCCUUAUCUAAUGUACUGCUUAAAAUUCUAAGUGCAUAACAUGAUUUACUUAGUUUCAUUACUGUUUGUUCAAUGUGCUCUUUCCAUGUGAGACUUUUGUCAACUAUUAGACCUAGAAAUUUAGUUGUAUCAGUCAGAUUUGUUUGUUGAUUUAAAAUUUGCCCUAAAACAUUGUUUUUAUUAUCAUUAUUAAUUCUAUUUAUUAAUAUGACAAGCCUUAUUGUGAGGUGCUAAUGUUACACGAAAGUCAGUGCAUUUAUUAGAUGAAACUGACUCCUACAUGCAAGCUAAUAUUACCAGCUUAUUUGUGACAUUAAGAAUCUAAACUAUUGUAAUUUUCAUAAGUCUGCAUUAACCCUUUACUGCCCAAAUUAUUUUUUUUUUAAUUAUUUCAGUUUCCUUCAACAUAUAAACUACAAACACACUAUACAAACCCAAAAAAAUGAUAUAAAAAUUCUAUUUCUCUUACUUUGGCUAAAAAUAGACGUGUCCAUAUGGACACACUAAGCAGUAAUGAGAGCAAAAAUUUCUGAAUUUUACAAUAUUGUUAAUUUUUGCUUAUUUUCAUUGCACAUACAUAAUCUUCCUCCCCAAACUAUUUCUCCACAGUUCUUUGAUGUAGGGCCUACAAAGUUUUUUUAACAGAUCAUUUUCAUUUGGAAUGGAAUGUUUCAAAGCAGUCCAAACACAGUCCCACGUCACAUUUUCCACACAUAGUGCGGACUGCAGAAGUCUUCAACCGGCAUCCUUCUCCUGCACAUCUUUUUUUCUUGCACUUUUUCACGAGGUGAUUCAGGCUGUCAAAUCGGACCUCAUCAGGUAUUCUUGAUUUGCCUGAUGAAGUAGAUGGUCUUCCCAUACCUUUGGAUGGAUUUGCAAACCUCGAUAAGUACACUUGGACAAUUUCACGCCUGAACUCUAAAUGUGAAUAUUUCUUUCCUGAAUUUCUUGCCAGCUGCCAGGCAUUAUGGACACACACAUCAAUUAGCCAUGACAACAGAGGCCAGUACCAUUUUUUUGUUUCGGAUGUUUAUCCUGUAUGUGCCUACAUUUUGAUCCAGACGGUCCACGCCACCCAUUUUCUGACUAUACUCUGCAAUAAGAAAGGGGCGUUGCACUUGAAUGAUGCGUUUCUCUUUCUGAGAAUAUCGUUUUGCUGUAGAAAGUGGUUCAACACCAAGACAGUUUGAUGCAAUGGAUACUACUGCGUUAUCGACCCACUUGGAUACUAUGACACCAUCUUCUUUGACAAUAGCUGAUUCAUAAUGUCCUCUUUCUUUCUUUAGUAGAAUACUAUUAGAUGGCAUUGGGCAAGAUUUAGGUAUCCUAUUGUUUCUAAUUGUGCCAGUACCGCCGUAUCCUUUAUCUCUAAGAAAAGAUAGCAGAUUUAACCCAGUGAACAGAUUGUCAAAGAAGAAGUGGAAAGGCAAAGCUCUUACUUCUGCACUGAAGUCUUCAAUCAUUUUAAUGAGUGGUGCAGCUGCCUUACCAAAAUAAUUAUCAUAGUCUGUGUUUGAACGAGGUGAUUUCCCUUGAUAAAUUCUAAAAUUUACUAGAUAUCCCUGAAUAGAAGUCAAACUUCACACUUUAUAUCCAAAUCGUAUCGGUUUCCCUCUAAUAAACUGCUUGCAAGAGUGUUUUCCAAAAUAUUUCACCAUUGAUUCAUCAUACGAGAGCUUCUGUUGUGGAAUGAAGUGUUCUAGGCAUUUCUUUUGGAUUUUUUCUAUCAAGGGCCUAAUUUUCCACAUUUUGUCUUCAUUAUCAAUCAUAUUGUUGUCUGCACAGUGCAAAAACCUAAGGAUUUGCUCAAACCUAUUUCUUCUCAUUGCAUUGCACACUAACUCAUUUCUGGUGUCUUUACUAUUUUCCCAGUAAUUUCUUUUGUUGGGAACACUGUUAUAACCACUGAGAAUCAAAAUUCCAAUGAAACACCUAAUUUCAUUCUUAGUAAUACGAGGAUGUUCAUAGUUAUUGAAAAUAGCAUACUUGUUUGAUUCCUGAACAAAAUACUCAAUGAUAUCAUCAUCGAUGAAUAAUUCAAACAGUUCUACAAUUGAAAAGUCCCUAUAUUUACUAAAGUCCUGUCCAGGAAAAGUUUUCAAACACGAUUCCAUGUUCCCAUGCACCCAUGUUCUCUUUGUUGAUGUUGCUAGAUGUUGAAAAUUGGUGGGUUCUUCAUCCCUUUGAUCAUUGUAUCGUAAUUCUGCUUGUGCUCUUAGUUGCCCAGGAUUCAAGUUGUCUGCUAUUCCACCGGUAUCUUCAUCACCAGAGUCUUCAUCAGUCAGAACAGACGGAUCCGGUGGUGCAAUAUAUACUGUUUCUGCAGUGCCAGCUUCAUUUUCAGCAUCAGCAAAAAUAAUGUCCAAAGCCUCCUGGACAGACACAUCUGGCUGCAGAAUGUUCUUCCAAUGUCUGCAAUAAAGAAUCAUUUCAAUCAUUGUAAUGCCAGAAUAUGACAGUUUGUGUCACGAACGAGUGAAUAUUUGUACAGUUAUUUUCAUGACAAAACAUUUAGUUUUGUAGCAGUGAACAGGUUGAUAUACAAUUACAUGCAUUUUUUAAGUCUCAGCUGAGAUGAAACUAGAGAAUGAUAUUGAAUGUUGUUUACAUGGAAAUAGCUGUAAACAGAAAUACAUUCGUAAUUGCUAAAAAAUAGUGAUUGCACUCAUUUAUAACUAAAAAAAAAAAAUCAUGUUUAGUGUCUGUAGUGUUCAUUGUAAAAAUUUUUAAGCAUGGCUAGAAUAGUUUUUAACUUUUUGUAAUAAGAAUUCUCAAUUUUUAUUUACUUCUAUACUUGUAGUGAAAAGUGAUAUCAUGAAUGCCUAGCAUGUCCAAAUGGACACAUCAACAUUUCAUGCCAAAUAAAGAUAAGACUUUCCAAUAAACAGGAAUCUUAACCUCAACAUUCAAAAGAACAUGCCUUUAGGCUAUAUUUUCAAUACCAACAUAUAUAAUUAGUAUUAUUUUAGGGAAUGAUAUAGUACUUACUCUUUGUCAACGUCCAUGGUUUCUGAGUUAUAAAAAUAUUCACUAUUUGGCACUGUCACACAUCACCACAAAAAUAAUGAACCAAAGUAGUUUAUACCUGAAAAAAAACUAACAUGUCUGCUGUAUCACAUAGCAUAGGUACCAACAUUAAAAGUUUCACCAAUAAAAAUCUCUCGCUUUUUUUGUAGAGUACUAAAAGUGUGUCCAUAUGGACACGCUGGGAAUUAAAGGGUUAAAUGCUUCUUUGAAAAAAUAAAUACAAAGGGAGACAAUUGUAUGUAAACAUUUACCAUAUGGCAAAACUGUAACUGAAGUACUUAAUAAAUAUCAACAAUUAAUUUUAUGACUCACUCAAGCCUAGAGGUCUAGAGUUGUAACUGUCUUGUUUGUUAACCACCACUAAAAAGCUAGAUGGCAAAAAAGAAACCCACUUUGAACUUUCUUGAUAAUAAACAUAUUAGUGGUAUUUUAUUCACACGUAAAUAUUUUAGGACUAUUGUUUAUGUGCCCACCCUAUAUUUUUACUACCCAGAUGGCAGCAAACAUUAAAACACCUAUUAUUGAAUAUAUAAAUUGUCAAAUUGUUUUUAAGGACUGGACACAUUUGUUAAUAUAAAAACUUGAACUGGCAGCUAUAACAUAAUUACUGAUCUUGUUUUUAAAGCAUACAUGCAUUAAGAGCUAUCUAAAUUGUAUAGAUUCUUGUAAAUUUUAUUUAUUAUAAUAAAUAUGUGUUUCAUUGCUUCA